UUUCAAGUUUGUGAAGUAAAACCUUUUAGCCGCUGCGGCUGCGGCUAACCUCCGUUCAAGUUGUUAUGGAGCAGCCUCAUGAUUAUGACGAGAGGAAGCCUUUAAGAGUCACCAGCAACACCCCGAAACUGCUGCUGUCUUCGACGGUAACGUCAUCGCAGCCGCUGCUUGUCCUUCCGGAUGAACUCCUCACAGAAAUCUUGACGAGGCUUCCGGCAAGGUUACUUCUUCGUUUACGGAGUGUGUGCCGUUCAUGGAGAACUCUAAUUUCCAGCUCCCAAUUCGCCAACUAUCAUAUUCAACGUUCAAUCGCCGCUGAUCCAAGUUUGAGUGGGCCACGAGUUGCUUUUCAUCAUAGUUUUGAAUUCAAUUGCAUCACAUUCGGAGAUUUCUCCUUACAAUCCUUGGUCGAGAACCCUUCCGAACCUACAGAAGUCGUUCUCUUCGAGGAGAGACCACGUUGCCACGAAAUUAAUAGCUCUUGCAAUGGAUUGCUGUGCAUGCAUGGGGGUGCUCACAGCCUCAACAACAGUGUCAUGUUGUGGAAUCCCUAUACUGGAUUGACAUCCCAAUCGCUGAAAAUUAGGGGUUUCAUAUGGAAUUCCGGUUUCGGCUAUGAUCAUGUGAAUGACAAGUACAAACUUGUUGCGGUUGUAAAGCAGAUGCGGGAGCGGAAACCCCAAACCAGAAUUUAUACAUUUUGUGGGAACCCUUCCAUGAGAACAAUUCAAGAUAUGCCGUGUGGCGUAGUUGGUGAUGAAACGGGGGUAUUUGUGCCUGGCACCGCCACUCUUAAUUGGGUUUGUCAGCAUAUGGAGUACUUGGUUAUUUCCCUUGACUUGGUGAAGGAGACUUUUAGUGAGUUUUCUCUGUCUCUCAAGGAUCCAGACAAUAAAACCUUCGACUUCCCACAGUUAUGUGUGCUGAGAAACUGCCUCGCAGCUUGUGUCAGCCAUGAUGAGAAGACUCAUUGGUCUGUGUGGCUGAUGGAAGAGUAUGGAGUGCCUCAAUCUUGGACUAAAUUUGCCAGCAUCUCCUGCCACCCGAGUCUAUCUGGUCAUCAUUUACGCCCAUUGUAUAUCUGGGAAAAUUAUGUUCUUAUGGCGGCUGCAGCAGAUUCAAAGAUAGUUCUGUAUAACUUAGAUCAUGACGGCUUUGAAUUUCCUGUAUUGGAACAUACUCCUCCGUCUAACAAACUGGGAUUGUACUUCUUCUGUAUUUAUCACGAAAGCUUAGUUUCACCACCAUAUCGUAGCCUUCCAAGUACAUCAUCCCAGAUCCAGUUAAUCAAACCCUAACGGACAAGCUGUCUUCUGAAUGGUUUGAUUCUAGUCAACUCCUAUGCCUUCUUUAUGACUCUUGACUUUUGAGAAUUUAUCUGUUCUUAUUGCUUUUCUAAUUUAGUGAUUAUUUAUCUAGUUUUUUACAAAAUUAUACUACCUGUUAUGAUUAUUGCCAAUUUCAUAUUCACAUGCCCAGACUGGAUUUGUAGGAUUAACCAUCAUUUACUAGUGUUCCUUUGCACUUACAGUAAAUUUAUGCUUGUGAUGAAGAUCUGAUCUUAGAUUCAAACCUAUUAUUUUAAGGUAAAAUUAAGGGGAGAGAAUGUAAUAUGUAAUUUAAUACGUACCAUUUCGUUUUAAUUUUGUUGUUUUUGGAUCCAAAACUGGAUGCUUUACCCGUUGAACCAGAUGAAAUAUACUGAUAAUUGGUACAUGAAUGAUCCAUACCGUAGUAUUGACAUCUUCAAAUUAUGGAUUCAGUUAUAAAUGAUUCUUUUAUGACUAAACAAAAUCAAAAUUAAUACAUUUUUAUUUUUUAUUUCUUGUGAUAAAUAAAUGAUUACCAGCUUUCAAUGAUCAACAUACUAGGAAGUGGAAAAAAUGAUGUAUUGAUACAUUUGUUUUCUCUCUUGGUGGUCAAAGAAAUAAUAUGAACUUCUGAGGUACCAACCUGGUGAUAUAAGUUAUCUGUUCUUGCUGAGUAUUAAAGAAUUGGAGCUUAAAACAAAUGGAAGAGUUGAAGCGAGAUUUUAACAAACAAAACGAUAAGCCAUGUCACAAAGAAAAAGAGCUUUUAUAUUCUUAAUUAUCUAGAUACCCCUUGUAGUUCUAGACCCUAUUUUAUGACCAACAGUCGCAUUUGUCAUGUUUUUUGCCAACUCUCGCUUUUUUUAUAUUAGCCCUCUAGCACUCCUCGGGAAUAAUUAUUUACAAACUUUCAUCGACUAACAAACUUAACCAACUAGUCUUGUGAAAGAAUAAUAUGAACUUCUAAGAAAUUAAGCUGAUGACAUAAGUUAUUUAUUAUUCAUGAAUAUUAAAGUGAUAUAUUUUUAAUGAAUAUAUCACAUAGUUGAAUAUUUAAAAGAAAAAAAGAAAAAUGGUAAGAAUUUAAAGAGAGGCUUGUUAACUGCAUCCAAUGGUGAGGUGAGUGAGAUUGAUGUCACUGAUAUUGGAACUCUUGAAAGAAAGAAAGUGUUGCAAAGGUUGGUAGGUACUGCUGAAGAGGAUAAUGAGAAGUUUCUGUUGAAGCUGAGGGAAAGAAUUGAUAGGUAUAUAUCCAUUGUUAAAGCUUGUCUUCUCUUUUAUUUUCUUCAACAGUUUUAAAUUGCAAAACUUUCCUUUGAAUAUUUUCUGGAGUUGGAAUCCAUAUUCCAACAAUUGAAGCCAGGUUUGAGCAUCUAAAUGUUGAGGCAGAAGCUCAUGUUGGCAGCAGAGCCUUACCCACGUUUUUUAACUUCAUUGUUAAUAUAGUUGAGCCAAAAGAAGUAAGUGACCAUUCUUAAAGAUACUAGUGGAAUUGUAAGACCUUGUAGGAUGACAUUGCUUUUAGGCCCUCCAAGUUCUGGAAAAACCACACUCCUUUUGGCUCUGGCAGGAAAGCUUGCCUGGAUCUUAAGGUUAGUGGCAGAGUUACCUAUAAUGGCCAUGAAAUGAAUGAAUAAGUUUGUACCUCAAAGAACUGCAAUAUACAUUAACCAGAAUGAUGUUCAUAUUGGAGAAAUGACUGUGAGGGAAACCUUGGCUUUCUCAGCAAAGGUGUCAAGGGGUUGGUUCAAGAUUCGUUGUUUCUCCUUCUUGUCCACCAAACUGAAAGCACAGAUUUCUCUCCUGAAAGCGCAGAAGAUUACAAAAAUUUAGGCUAGAGUGGUUAUCCUUGUUUGUCUAUAUUCUUAGCAUAGGGAGCCAGAUCGAGUCAAGGCCAACUUUGGAACAGGUAAUAAUUAUUAGUAUUUUAAGAUUUGCCCUAUUUGUUGAUGAAAAUUGUAAGGGAAAGUUAGGGAAGUUAGAAAAAUUGUAAGGAAAUGAGUGAAAUCUCUGAACCUUUUAAGAAGCUACAUCUUGGAAAGCCAUUUAAUAAGUUUGACAUAACACUAAAUGCUACAACUUGGACUUCAACUCAGAAAUAGCACAUAUAAUGGUGAUUCUAACACUUUCUGAGUCCACUUUCUUUACACUAUCUUUCAUCCAUUUUGUUCAUUUGAUUUUUGUUAUUCUAAUUCUGACUCUGAUUUUAUUUUUGUUCAAGUUGGUAUUUUGAAGGCAAAUGAAGUAACUGUUUGAAUGAUUUAGUUUACUUGCUUUGAAAAAUCAAAAUAAAUUACUUGCUUUUUGGCAUUUUAUUCUAUGGCCGCGAAGGCUCUUUUUUUUUGGCAGGAACAUUUUUCUUCUUGUUCAGAAAAAUAAGGUCCUAUACAAAUACUUGUAUCAUAAGGGAAAUAUGUUGAUUAUUGUUCAUUAGAAAAACUAUCUCAUUACGCUGCUGAUACAGUUUAAAGUAUAAACUUGUUGAUGUUAUUAGUAUGUGCUAAGUUAUUGCCUAAGAGUGAGUUUAUUUCAGGCUUUUGAUAGUUCUUUGUGGUUUGUAAAUGACCUGAAAUUGAUAUGUUAGAAUUAAUUAGUCUAGGUUAUUUUUUAUUUUUUGAUGUCAUUAUUCAAAUUCUUCUUGUUUGUUGGUGUUGUGAUACUAAUUUUGAUUUUGUGGAACGGAUUUGAUAUUGUUUUGAGUCUGAUAAUUGGUUACUAAGUUUUUGUAGAGGUUGAAGGUUAUUAAUUCAAGUUCUUUUGAUACAAGAAAAAACCAGGUUCAUUUCUUUUAUGAACUUUGGUUGUUGCUUCGGUACCAAGGUUGUCUUGCCAUGUAAUGUACUCUCUUGCUGCUAAUCUUCAUUCCUUGAGUCAUGGAAAUUGAUUAAUUAUUUCUGCUAUAUAGGCCAUGAAAUUGCAGUGCCAGUGAGGGAGAACCAUCAAGCAGUGCUGCACAGUCAAGCAUUUCCUUUUGCUUUGUAACCUGGGUCCUUGAGAUUCUAUUGUCCCUCAAUACCUUUUUUGGGUGGCUGGAGCAUAACCCUUAAUUUAUUGAAUUGAACAGGCAAUAGGCUUGAUAGAGGCAGGGAAGGAAUUGCAAGGACUUAAAGCUCUGGAUCUAAAUAAACCAUUGCACCUCACUUCGAUGCUUAUAUCAUUUAAGAGAGAUGAAGCCCUGUUCAAAUACUUGUAAUCUGCCAUUUGUCUCUUGUAUUCCUUGUGUAAUUUAGCCUCCCGAAAUUCUAAAUUUGAAUAGGCUAAUAUUAAUAGUGGAAUAUUUUGAUCAUUUGAAGACUGUAAUAACACUAGUUUGUAAUUUUGUAGAGAUAGACUAUAAUAAUAAAUAAUA